AUGCGCUUCCCGGUUGCUUUUACAGUCGGUCUGGCGACCGCUUUUGCCUCACUGGCCUCUGCUCACACCUGCUUCACUACCCUUUUCAUCAACGAUGUCAACCAGGGCGAUGGAACAUGCGUUCGUAUGCCAAAAGAUGGUAGUCUCUCGACGCAUCCUAUCUAUGGCUAUGAUAACCCUGAUUUGGCCUGUGGCCGCGAUGGCAACAUCCCUGUGGCUUUCACCUGCCCGGCUCCGGCCGGGGCCAAACUCACCUUCGAGUUUCGGAUGUGGGCCGAUCUUUCGCAGCCCGGAGCCAUCGAUGCAGGCCACAAGGGCCCUAUUGCCGUUUACCUCAAACGUGUUUCCAACAUCACCAUCGAUUCUGCAGUCGGUCCUGGUUGGUUCAAAAUUUACGAGGAGGGCUUUGACACGGCAACCAAUAUGUGGGCUGUCACAAAGCUUAAUGCGAGCCAGGGCCUGCUAAGUAUCAACCUUCCCUCGGGCCUUCCAACCAGCUACUACCUCAUUCGUACCGAGAUGAUCGCUCUUCACAAUGUCACAAGCAAUGCUGUCUCUCCUCAGCCCUAUGUCGGCUGCGCUCAACUCUUCAUCCAAAGCAGCGUACCACCAGAGACUGCUAUUCCCUCCGAAAAGACCGUUUCCAUUCCCGGUCACCUCUCCCCUUCUGACCCAGGCCUCAACUUCAACGUCUACCGCGGCGAGGGUAAGGAGAGCAGCUAUCGCGUGCCCGGCCCCGCAGUUUACUUCCCCACGGCACCCCCGGGCAACAACAAGGCGCAGAACCCCACGAUCCAGCAAACCGACGGCCUGAUACCCGAUAACUGCUUGGUCAAGAACGCAAACUGGUGCGGCGUCGAAGUGCCCCGCUACACCAACCAGGCUGGGUGCUGGGCGUCGGCCGAGAACUGCUGGAACCAGCUGGAGGUGUGCUACAAGACGGCGCCGCCGUCGGGCAACAAGGGCUGCCGCGUGUGGGAGGAGCAGAAAUGCAAGGUGUUGCAGCAGGCGUGCAGUUCGGGACAGUGGCAGGGCCCGCCGAAUGAGGGGCAGAAGCUGACCGCGGUGGUUGACAGCCCGAUCCCCGGUGGGAAGCUGCCGGACCCGGUGAAUGCUGGACAGCAAGGUGAAGUUGUGUCGGGCGGUGGGGGCAGUAGCAGUGGCAGUGGCAAUACCGGUGGUGGUCAGGCCACAACGUUCAUUGUGUCUACAACCUCGGCUGUGCCAACCUCCGUUGUGACGUCGAGUCCUACUCCGAUUCCGAAUGAUGAGGUAGCUCCUACGCCUACUGUGUCUCCACCGCCGAGAGGCGGGAAGGGGAAGGGCUAUCGUCCUCAUUGCAAGUCGACACGGAAGCAGCAACAAAGGAGGUGGGUGGUUUAUGAGCCGAUGGCGUAA